AUGUCCUAUGAAAGAAAAACUGAUAUCUUUGACAUCUCCAGGUUAAUGCUCAAGUACCCAUGGCUGGAAUAUCGAGACAGGACCAAAGAACUCAGAGAAGCCAUGGCUCCCGUCCACCUGCCCAUGUCCUACUACCAGGUGCCGAAGGAAGUGUACCCCCCGAGUCCAGACUGCUGGCAACAGCACUCCCAAAAGCCCAGUGUGAUCCCUUACUGCUACUCGGAGACGCCCGAGACCGACAUGCACUGGAACAUCCUGUAUGAUCAGCAAGAAACAUGGGAGACCCAGAGGAUGUUAGCGAAAAUGAGAGACCAGCCAAGGUACCUCCAGCAGGAGACUCGCAUCCAGAACUUCUGUCUCCCCAUGAGCAAGCUGACUUCAAAAGCUCAGGCAGCACCCGAGCCCUUGGAGCCUACCAGGGACCCUCUGAAGUGGCAAAGAUUGAAGGAACUCACGAAAAGCCUGAAAUCUCCCCAAGAGGAUGAGCAGCUGUACGCAGCGCAGGCUCUAGGGUACUUGGACGUCAGUGACAAGUUCAUCAUGGAGGCACUGUGGCAGGUGGCCCAGACUGGUUCAGAGAAAGUGAAGUAUGAGGCCUAUCGAUCCCUCGCCAUCCUGGGCUGUCUGAAUAAGCACGUGAUCCAUGCCCUCAUCAAACAGCUGAAGGGGCAAGAUGAGGGUCGAAGGAUGGAGACUCUGACCGGGCUGCGAGUGGCUCUGAACUCCUGGGCGGCUGUCCCUAAAGACAAGAGGACUGAAGUUGGGGAUGAAGAAAAGCUGGUGCUUGUGUUGCAAACGCUGAUGAAGAAGCUGGUAAAUGAAGCAGCCCUGGAGGCAGCCCUGUGCUUGGGUUUCCUGAGGCCCUGCAGUGAUAUGGCCCAAGAGUUCUUGCUGCAGCGCCUAUGCCAAGGGCCCAAGACCCAGCGGAUGAAGGCACUUAAGAUGCUGGUCAAGAUGAUGCAUGUUCACUCAGCUGCAGUCAUCAUGUCCAUCCUAGAGCAACUGUGUUCUUCCACUGUCCUUGACGACCGCUAUGAAGCCACCCAGAUGCUCAGGACCAUUGGGCUGGAACAGAUCCAGGCACAGGGGCUAGAGGAACUCACAUUCGACCUUCUCAGGAGGAAGACGCAUAACGAACCCUUCCUCGCUAUGAGGCAGGCUGUGGUGGAAACUGUGGAAGAGCUCAGGAUGAAGCCCGUGAUGAUGAACGCAGUGGAGGAGCAACUGAUGGACCCUAACGCUACUGCACGCCAGGAGGCAAUUACUUCUUUGGGAGUCCUGGGGUUCCGCAGCCCACAAGUGUUUCAUCUGCUUCUGGACAUGCUGGACACAGAAGAGAACCAGGCUGUGAAGAAGAGUCUACAAGAAACACUAGUCCUUUGGUCUUCAACUGAUCCCUGGAUCCAGAGCAAGCUGAAGAACAAGAUUUUCUUAGCAUAUGAGGCACCUAAGACCAAUGUGGAGACAGCGCCCGCAAGGUUCCGCAAGAAGCCCGAGACCCCAGAACAGUUAACUAUCCAAGACUUCCGCCUUGCUAGGCUAAGUCCCUUGUUGAUUGCAAAGGCCAGCACCAAGAUGGACCAAAAGAAAAGGUUGCCUGCCUUCCUGUCCUGUCUCCCACAGGACAUAGAGCCCUGA